UAUAUAUAGUAUAUACAAGUAUCCCCAAACCAAAGCCAAGUGCCAAUUAGUUACACAAACCCAAAGUAUGGCAACCAUGGCUACUGCAACCUCCAGCUACGACCGUAUGAAGGAAGUGAAGGAAUUUGAUGAGUCCAAGAUUGGGGUGAAGGGCCUUUCCGAUUCAGGCAUCACUUCCAUCCCUCGGUUCUUCAUACACCCUCCCGAAACCCUCUCCGACCUCAAAUCUUCCUCCACGUUCACCAACAUCCCCAUCAUCGACCUUGCCGAAGUGAGCUCCAGCGCUCUCCGACCGAAAAUCAUCCAACAAGCCAAAGACGCCGCCAGAACCUGGGGUUUCUUCCAGGUGAUCAACCAUGGAGUGCCUUUGUCGGUGCUGGACGAGACCAUCAACGCCAUAAAAGCGUUCCACGACCAACCCCACGAGGUCAAGGCCAAGUUCUACAAACGAGAGGAAGGCCAGGGGGUGAUGUACGCGAGCAACAACGACUUGUACAGGGCCAAGGCCGCUGCCUGGCACGACUCGUUGCAAGCGUGGAUGGGGGUGAGGAAGGCAAAGGUGGAGGAUAUACCAGAGAUCUGUAGAAAGGAGGUUGUAGCAUGGGAUAAGAGUGCAACAGAGGUGGCGGAGACUGUGAUGGAGUUACUGUCUGAAGGGUUGGGAUUGGAGGCUGGGAAGUUCAAGGAGUUGACGUUUUCGGAUCAGAGGGCUUUUGUGGGACAUUGUUAUCCGUACUGCCCACAACCGGAGCUGACGGUAGGGAUAACGCCGCAUUCGGAUCCGGGGGUGGUGACGGUUCUGUUGCGGAACCAUGUUCCUGGGUUGCAAGUGAAGCAUGGUGAGGAGUGGGUGGACGUCAAGCCUGUGCCUGGAGGUUUGAUUGUUAACGUUGGAGACUUUCUUCAGAUAAUCUCUAAUGGAGAGUACCAAAGUGUACAGCAUAGAGUGCUGGCUAAUUCGUGUAAGGAAGCAAGAAUCUCAAUCGUCAUUUUCUACAACCUGAAUAAAUGGAAGGGAGAUGGCUAUUAUGGACCUCUACCGGAGCUGCUGUCACCGGAAAAGCCAGCUAUAUAUCGGAACUUCACGAUGCAGGAAUUCCACGACAACUUUUAUAGCAAGGCCAUUGAUAACAAGUCUCUGAUACAGAAACUUGAAAUUCAGAACUAGCAUCUCCAUCUAGACCUGUACGUACGGACGUACCCUAAUUAAACAAGGCCAACGUGGACGAGAAUGCAUGGCAAACUUACGAAUCCUAAUGCUGCUACUGUACAAUAUGGCCAUUUCCUGAUUGUAAUGAUCUGUUUGUGUGCAA